UUUCUUUUAACCACGAUGUUUUAUAAAUCCAGCUGUGUUGGUACACUCACCGCAGCACCUCCAGCAGUCCAGCGCAGCCAGAGAGGAGGAGGGAGAGAGCUGGAGCUCGAGCUCCGCCAUGGAACUGGAACGAGGUAUACCAAUCGAAUCGAUUCCCCCUCCAUUUCUCACUCAAUCCGCGCAUUUUUCUUUCCUCCGCUGAUUUCUGCGGCGGAUCGGCUCGCAGUGCCGCUGCUGAGGGUGUUCGAGUCGGCCUCCGGGGCGUGGGAGUGGGCGUGGGCGGCGGAGGCGGCGGCGUGGGGGGUGUUGCGGGGGUGGGUGGUGGUGCCGCUGCUGAGAGCGGCAGUGUCGAUCUGCCUGAUGAUGUCGCUGGCGGUGCUGGUCGAGAAGGUGUCGAUGGCGCUCGUCACCUCGUAUGCCAAGCUCUUCGGCCGCCGCCCUGCCCAGAUCUACAAGUGCGACCCCUUGGUCGCCGACGAGGAGACCGGCUCCGGCGCCUUCCCCAUGGUCCUGGUCCAGAUCCCGAUGUACAACGAAAAAGAGGUGUAUCAGCUGUCGAUCGGGGCGGCGUGCAACCUGCUGUGGCCGGAGGAUCGGAUAAUCAUCCAGGUGCUCGACGAUUCCACUGAUCCGACCAUCAAGGAGUUGGUGAGGAAGGAGUGCGAGAUGUGGGCGAAGAAGGGGAAGAACAUCCAGUACGAGACGAGGGCGAACCGGAACGGGUACAAAGCCGGCGCGCUGAAGGUGGGGAUGACCUACGGCUACGUCGCCACCUGCGAGUUCAUCGCCAUGUUCGACGCCGACUUCCAGCCCGGCCCCGACUUCCUCCACCGCACCGUCCCCUUCCUCGUCCACAACCCUAAGAUUGCCCUCGUCCAAUCUCGGUGGAAAUUUGUGAAUGCUUCCGAGUGCUUGAUGACGAGAACGCAGGAGAUGUCCAUGGAUUUUCACUUCAAGGUGGAGCAGGAGUCCGGCUCCACGGCUUGCGCAUUCUUCGGAUACAAUGGAACCGCUGGUGUUUGGAGAAUUAAAGCGAUCGAGGAUGCAGGAGGUUGGCAAGAUCGAACCACAGUAGAAGAUAUGGAUUUAGCAGUGAGGGCAGGUCUAGCAGGGUGGAAAUUUGUAUACCUUGGCGAUGUCCAGGUCAACAGUGAACUACCAAGCACCUUCAAAGCGUAUCGAUAUCAACAGCAUCGCUGGUCGUGUGGACCGGCGAAUCUAUUCCGGAAAUUAUUCUGGAGUGUUUUAACGUCCAAGGAAGUUUCCAUUAGGAUGAAAUUAUAUGUCAUCUACAACUUCUUCAUUGCGAGAAGGAUCAUGUCCCACUUUGUGACGUUCCUUUUCUAUUGCGUGGUCAUCCCUACCUCAGUGUUCUUCCCGGAAGUUGACGUCCCCGAUUGGGGAGUCAUUUAUGUCCCCACCGCAAUUACUCUCAUCAAUUCAAUUGGAACUCCAAGUUCGUUUCAUUUGGUAAUCUUCUGGGUGCUAUUCGAGAAUGUCAUGUCGCUCCAUCGUUGCAAAGCGGUCCUCAUCGGUUUAUUCGAAGCAGGCAGCAGCGUCAACGAGUGGAUAGUCACUGAGAAAUUAGGCGACAUGUUGAAGGCCAAACCCAAUUCCUUGCCCACCAAAAAAUUCAAACUUAGGCUCAAAGACAGAUUUAGUUUCUUGGAAAUUUCGAUUGGCUUAUACCUAAUGGUUUGUGCAUGCUACGACUUAAAAUUCGGCAAUGAUGCCUACUUCGUUUACAUUUUCCCUCAGUCUAUUACAUUCAUUAUCUUGGGCUUGGGCUACGUGGGCACAAUAAUUCCGGCUGACAAGUAAAGAUAACAGCCAAGAAAGACUGAAGUCAACUAAUCGAGUUUAACACCGAUCUCAGCUAGAUUCGAAUCGGUCAGUGACAGCCAUGUGGUGAUAGCCAUGUGCUACAUUAAGUUAUUUAUUUGAUUAUUUUAGAAUUAAUUGAAUAGGAUUUAAAAAUAAGAGCAACCAAAUAAUGUAUCAAAAUUUCCUUAAUGUAGCUUCGUAUGCAAGGUUGCAUUGAAUCAA